AAUGGACUUUGAGAGUGUUUGGCACGCAAUGACACCCUACUCGAACUUUGUAUUUGACCCCUCUACUCCAUCUACCAGCAAAAUCUACUGCGAAUUCCAGUCUCAGCAGCAGACAGUGGAACGAAAGGUCUCACUCCAAGUCUCGGCAGAACACGUUGCGCCGGUAAAUAAGUUAUCCCAUAAAGGGGACCCACGCCAAGAAUUAGACCGGAAGUUAAUAAUCCUACUUGAUCCAAAGACAAAUUCUGACGCUGGUGACUUCCGUGAUUUAGCUUCCCAUAUGGAUUUAGGUGGUGCACACGUGACUUACCUAGAGAAUCAACCUAAUCCAACAGAGCAAUUGUUGAAACAAUGGAAAGAUGACAAAAAAAGUCUACAUGAACUCAAAAAAGUAUUAUCGGACAUUCAUCGUCCGGACGCCGUGGAGGAAGUAGAACUUUUCAUCAACAAGUAUUUGACCGAUUCAUAGGUUAUUAGGAAAAUUGUUCAUCUGGAAAACCCACCGAUCAUUGAUACUUCUGAAAAUGUUCCUUUUUUUCUAGAAAUCCCGUAAAAAGUUGUUCCAUACCCUAAACCAUAGACACUUUACGUCACCAUAUCUACUUAACCCACCAUAUCGUUUAACUACACUAGACCUAAACGACACAAUAUAAUCGUAAUUCCACCAGACCUAUCACGACGCUAUAGACUAAUUCAAUACGCCUUACAUGUUCGUUAUUAUAGACUCUAUGCAUGACACUAUAGACUCGAAAUAUUUCUAUAGACUACAUUAAAUAUCGUUGACGUCACCAUUGACAACAGUUCUCAUAUUGGCGUCAUCGUAAAUUACGUCUCCUGUUUUUGAUGUCACCAUUAACUACAUAUCCAUGUGUGACGUCACAUAUUACAGUUCCCGUCCCUGACGUCAUCAUAGUCUACACCUCCCGUCCCUGACGUCAAUAUAGACUAAAUCUCCCGUCCCUGACAUCACCAUAGACUAAAGCUUCCGUCCCUGACAUCACCAUAGACUAAAGCUCCCGUCCCUGACAUCACCAUAGACUAAAGCUCCCGUCCCUGACAUCACCAUAGACUAAAACUCCCGUCCCUGAUAUCAACAUAAACUAAAGCUCCCGUCCCUGACAUCACCAUAGGCUAUAGCUCCUACUGUUGACAUUAAUAUAGACUACACCAGAUACUUGGUCUACUAUAGAUCAUAUCUUGUCCCACAGAUUCCAUCAUGUGAAAUGACAAUAUCCAACGUUGACAUA